AUGUCAGAUCUCGAAGCCGAAUUCCAAGCCGUUGUUGCGAAAGUUCAAGAAAACUAAGAAGCUAUGCUUAAGUUGGCUGAUGACAAGAAACUUGAAGUAUAUGGCCUCUUCAAGCAAGCCACCGUAGGUGAUGUGAACACCGAUAGACCAGGAAUGCUCGACUUCAAGGGAAAAGCUAAAUGGGAUGCCUGGAACUCAAAGAAGGGAACCUCUCAAGAUGAUGCCAAGACAGCUUACAUCGAACUUACUCUUUAGCUUUGUCAGACUGCCUCUCGAGGUUUCUAGAAAACUCUGACUUAUGAGACACUCGCUGAGAAUGUAAAGAAAGCAGAGUAUGCAGUUAGAGGUAAAAUCCCAAUGAGAGGAGAGGAAAUCUAGCUCGCUAUAAACAAGGGUUAGAAAUUCCCAUUUGAGAAAACAACAAGUCUCAAUAUUGGUAAUCCACAAGCAGUUGGCCAAGGAUACAUCACUUUCAAUAGAGAGGUAUUAGCUGCUUUGAUGCAUCCACCUCUGUAAAAUUCAGAAAGCUUAAGCCAUGAUGCAAGAGAAAGAGCUAAGAAAUACUCCAAACUUUUAGUAACACCCCUUGGAGCAUAUACUGGAAAUUCAAAGGGUUACAAUCACGUGAGAGAUAGAGUGGCUGAUUUUAUUGGAAAAAGAGACAAUGUAGAAGCAAACCCCAACAAUAUUUAUAUAACUAAUGGAGCCUCUGAGGGAGUGAGAACUGCCUUGACCCUUUUAAUAAGGAGUUCUAAUGAUGGUAUUAUGAUCCCAAUCCCUUAGUAUCCUCUAUAUUCAGCUUUGAUCACUCUUAAUGGUGGGAGAUAAGUUAACUAUUAUCUCGAUGAGACAAAGAACUGGGGACUUGAUUCCAAGGAUUUGAGAUAAAGAAUAGCAGAUGCUAAAAAGGAAGGAGUCAACAUUAGGUCAAUCGUCGUAAUCAAUCCAGGAAAUCCUACAGGAUAAGUAUUGACUAAAGAGAAUAUUGAAGAAAUUAUUCACAUUUGCUAUGAAAACAGUAUAUUGAUAAUGGCAGAUGAGGUCUAUCAAAAUAAUGUGUACAAGGAGGGCAUUAAAUUCCAUAGUUUCAGAAAAAUCUUGGCAGAACAGCCUGAGAACAUUAGAAACAGUGUUGAGUUGUUGUCAAUGAACUCAGUUUCAAAAGGAUUAUUAGGUGAAUGUGGGUUAAGAGGAGGCUAUCUUGAGGCUCAUAACAUAGAUGAAAAGGUAUCAAAUGAGUUAUACAAACUUAAGUCAAUCGAGCUUUGUUCUAACACAGUUGGCCAAGUAGCUACUCUCUUAUCUAUUGAUCCACCAGUCAGGGGGCAAGAAUCAGAUAAGACUGUUGAUCUUUAUGAAGGUGAGAAGUAAAAAAUCUAUGAUGGACUUAGAGCUAGAGCAGAAUUACUUACAAAGUCUUUUAAUGAAAUGAAAAAUGUUAGCUGCUCUGAAAUCUAAGGUGCUAUGUAUGGUAUGCCUAGACUUCACUUGAGCUAAAAGGCUAUUGAUGCAGCUAAAGCUCAAGGUGUUUAACCGGAUUUUCUUUACUGUAUGGAACUUGUUGAGCAGACUGGAAUCAUGACAGUUCCAGGAAGUGGGUUUGGACAAAAGGAUGGUGAGUACCAUCUUAGAAUCACCAAUCUCGUCACUCCUACUGAAAGAAUGAAAGAAGUCUUGGAUAAUUUUAAAGUAUUCAAUCAAAGAUUCCAUGAUAAAUAUGCUUGA